AUGAGGAAGAUAGAGCAGGACUUAAAAUAUAUGACGUAUGAAACGAUACUCAACAUGAAGGAAAUUUUAAGCGUUGUUAGAGUAAAAGAAGUUCAAAAAGCUUUGACAAUAAGCAACAGAGCAACGCAAGUAACGGAAGCAACAUGUAACAAUAAGAGUACAACGGAUGUCUACACAAUCAACGCAGCAAACGAUUUCGAAGUAGAUAAUAUGAAGAAGACUCCAAGAUAUGUCCAGAAUUCUUCAGAUGUACAAAUCAGCACAAUAAACAGUUCGGGAAUAGAAUGUAUUAAGAAUAGUCUAACGAAUAUCCAAAAUUAUCCAAAUGUACAAAUUAACGCAACAAACGAUUUGAGAGAAGGACAUAUUAAGAAGAGUUCAACGAAUAUUUAUAAUUAUCCAGGUAAAAAAAUCAACGCAACAAAUAACUUGGCAACGGAAUAUAUCAAGACCAGUCCAAAAUAUGUUGAGAAUUCUCUAGGUGCACAAGUCAACGCAGUAACUGAUUUGGGAGUGGGAUAUAUCAAGAAGAGUCCAACGUAUGUUCCGGAUUCUUCAAGUACACAAAUCAAUACAGUAAACAAGUUCGCAUUGGGGUAUUCCCGGAAGAGUCCAACAAAUAUCCAAAAUUAUCCAAAUGCACAAAUCAACGUAGCAAAUGAUUUGGAAGCGGGAUAUAUCAAGAAAAGUCCAACAUACAUUCAGAAUUUCUUAAAUUCACAAAUCAAUGCAGCAAAUAAUUUGGGAGCGGAAUAUAUCAAGAAGAAUUCAACAUACAUUCAGAAUUCUUUAAAUAUACAAGUCAACGCAACAAACAAGUUCGCAGUGGGAUAUAUUGAGAAGAGUCCAACAUGUGUCCAGAAUUAUCCAGAUGCACAAAUAGCAAACAACUUGACAGCGGGAUGUAUCAAGAAGAGUCCAACGAAUGUCCAGAAUCCACGAAAUAAGGGUACAACAAAACCACAUAUUUUACAUUCAAAUUUUAUUAUUAUAAUAUACUCCGUCAUUGCCAAUCGGUGUCCUUUCUGUAUUCCAGGGUGCCACAGCUUCGCUGGUGGUUGCAACGGUCUCAACAGUACACAGAACUUUCUGUCAUCGCCCCCGACUUCGGAGUUUCCUGAGCAGGUACGAGUAUCGCAGUUCAGCACCGGUGACUGCCAGUUCAAGAGGCCUACGUGUAAAGUCACGCGCCAACAGCCGUCCAAUAACGUCGGUAACGUUCAAGAUUAUCAAAAUUCGUUGUACAAUCCUCUAUUCUCGACGUCGAGUGGCCCUAGUACGAAUGUGGCGCAUAGUACCAAGAUCCUAAAUUCAUCUGGCUGCUGCAAUAUUCCGUCAUCGUCAAAAUCUUUCGGAAACAUUCCGCCGAACCCUCCUGAAUCGGCGUAUCGCGCGCAGACCCAAGUACCUGGCUACAGCUCGCCGGAUCAACGUAAUAUUUUCAUCUUCAAGCCAUCCAUAACGAUCAAAACGUCGCCCACGUCGACAAAUACGCGUAGCAUCGCCGCUACCAACGCGGCGCCGGCUACCACUAACAACAACGUGCUGUACAACGAGCAAAUACCGUCCAUAAACUUCAGGAUCAACACGGAGUUUCACAGCGUGUGCCCGGAAGAGCGACGGCAGUCGAGCAGCGGAUCAUCCACGUCGUCCCGAUUCGUUCCGUCCGCAGCAUACGACACCUCGUUGAAGAGCCUGCUGCCGACCACCAGCGGCGACAACGCCUAUGUGGAUAAGAACAGUUGUUUGAAGGAGUACUCCCCGCGGGCGGUGAAGGAAGGGCAGCACAAGCUGCCAUCGUCGCAGCAAGAGUCGCCCGUGGUACCAGGUUACAGGUUUAACAACGCAAGUGUCACCUUGACGGGCCCGGUGCUGAAGGAUCCCGCGAUAGACGCGAACGCGGCUUCCACCAGCGCUGCUCAUAAUCGCAGCAAUUUCAAGCAGCAUACCUUCUGCGCGGGAAGAGGCACCGGCGACGCGUCGCUGGUGAAGAACGCGGCCCUGCCGCAUUAUCUAGACACCAUUUCGCCAACAUCGAACAUCGUAACGAAGAUGAAAUACGCGACACAAUCAGGCCCGCCGGCGCCGCCACCGCACCUGACCGCGUCCGGCGUCGAGCCGCCGCACAGCAGCCAGGGUACCGGGAUUGUGGUGGGUGGCUCGCCGGCUGAGAUCGACAGUUUGCUGUUACCUUGGACAAAUGGGCCGGAAUUCCUGGAUGGAGGGGUGUCAGACGCGAAGCAGACGGCCGUCGGAUUUCAGGAUAAUUGGGACUCGAUCUUAGGUACGACGGUCUCUGAGCAAUCGGAUACAGAGGUGAGGUUAAUGCCGCUUCCACCCUUCACGAAUUACACAGGGCACCUUCAGAUCAAUGGUAUUCCCGGGCAUCACUAUCACACGAUAGCUUCGUCCGGCCAAAGAUCGUCAAUUGAAGUUGGGUCUGCUUCUCCCACACCCUCCUCCAAUCAGGAAUUCUUUGAGUCACCCGUAGUGUCUUCCAGCACGCCAUGUCCGCAGGCGAGCCAGAAGCAACAGCAGCAGCAGCAAAAUCAUCAACAGCCGCAGCACCAUCAUCCCCACAACCCACAGCAGCAGCAACUGCCGCAGUCCACGCAACAGAUAAUCUACGAGGACAUGGAAGAUAUAGCGCAGAUCAUCGGUUCUGCGAUAGCGGACACAACGGUGCCGGGCAAUGGAAACGGUCCCAGUUCGGAGCAAGAUACAGACGCCUCAAGGGAUUGGAUAGACAUCGCCGAUUGGAUAACGGACUGUUCGCCUAAGACCCAAGAGACCACGUCGCCUAGCACGUUCUCGUCUCAUCAGAUUUAUGUGACAACGACUCCGUCAACGCAGAAUCAGCAGCAUGCUGGCUCUGCGUUACAGAACUUGCUCACACAGAAGCUCGAUUACGCGCCGCUACUGCAGGCGAGAUUGCAGUCCGGUAACGCCGCGAAUCUUCAAAAUGCGUCUUGUGGUGAAACCCCGUCGUCGACGAGCCCAUUCCCACCGCUCAGCCCGCCCAACCGAGUCUCCACGUCCUGCAGUCCCGACGAUAUCCUGACUUCGUCUUUUGCCGCGCCUUCCCACCCCAGAAAGAGGUCACGGUCCUCGCCAGGCUCUGGUAGCGCGCCCAAGAAGGGCCCGUCCGCUGGUGCCGGUGCGUUAACUUACGGAUCGGAAUCGGGUUUAAUGAGCGGCAAGGAUAAGCCAAUACAUCGGUGUCAUAUCUGUCAAAGAGGUUUCCUAAACAAAAGCAAUAUUAAAGUACACUUACGCACGCAUACGGGGGAAAAGCCGUUCAGAUGCGACGUAUGUAGCAAAGCCUUCAGGCAAAAGGCCCAUCUUAUUAAGCAUCAACAGAUUCACAAAAGAAUUGGCAGGGAUUAGACCGAUUUUCUUUUUCAAUCGAACAUACAUACUUGAUAAGAUAGGAGAUAAUUUAGUUACUUUGAUAAUUAAAUAAGGUAGAUAAAUAUGCAGUAAGAACACUUGGACAUACACUUUGACAAACUGAAGUACUUGUAACGCUAUGUAUUUGUGAUGAAACAUGUCGAUGUAGUUACUGAAUGAACACUUUUAAUUAUCAGAGUCGGAAUAAGUGCUGCAACGUCUAUAUUUUUAAUAGCUUCGAAAAGUAGCCUGAUGGGAUUUCAACGACAAGCCGUUUGGCCAUUCACGCUGAGCGUCACAAAAUCUCGAUCAGAAAUAACAAUAAAGAAUAAGAUAAUAACUGCUCUCUAUCGUUAUGUCUUGUUUGUCGUUCAAUGUUCAGAGCUCAUGGCCCAUACUGCAUUGUGUUAAAAUCAUAUCAGAUUACUCGCGUACGGGCUAUUAUUAUUGAAGAUACGAUUGAAUUAUAUUAACGAUCGUGACACUUGAUCGAUGAUCAACUGCUAAUCUGAUGCCCGAACGGUAUACAUUGAAAUGAUUUUUGAAGCACAGGUGCAAUAAUGAAAUAGUUAGUGCUUUCAGUAUUGAUGAGCUUCAAAAGUGUGACUUUUAAUCUGGAAAUCUCUUUGAUAGUUUUAUGAUUUCGGUGCAUGACUUUAUCGGUGCCGCUCAUUUCUUUUUUCAUAAAUGCGAUUCCGCUUCAAUUGAAAUUCCUCGAAAUGGCGGUACGAAACUUUACUUAUUUUAUAUACAUCCGCACAUAUUUGUACAUGUAUGUAUAUAUUUUUUAAAAAGUUU